AUGGAAGUAGUUCCAAUGCGUCCCAUGAAUGGAGGAUCAGGACACACAAGUUAUGCCAAGAAUUCGGUUUACAAUUUUGUGCAGAGAGAAGUGAUUAACAUGAUGAAGCCAGUGAUAGAGGAAGCCAUGACAAAUCUCUGCAACACCAUUCAUCCAACAACACUGGCCAUAGCUGAUCUGGGAUGUUCAUCUGGACCUAAUACACUAUACUUAGUCUCUCAGAUCAUUCAAGUGGUUGAGAGAAUUUCAGAACAAGAUUCUCCAGAAUAUCAAGUGUUCUUGAAUGAUCUUCCCACCAAUGACUUCAACACCAUUUUCAAGUUCUUGCCUAGCUUUCAGCAAGAGAUGAAGAAACUAAUGGGUAAUGGACCAUGCUUUGUAAGUGGAGUUCCCGGCUCUUUCUAUGGCAGGCUUUUUCCCAGAAACAGUCUGCAUUUUGUCCAUUCUUCUUCUAGUAUCCAAUGGCUCUCUCAGGUUCCAGAUGGGCUGGAGAGUAACAAAUGGAACAUAUGCAUGGCUAAGAGCAGUCCAACAAAUGUGUACAAAGCUUACAAUCAUCAGUUUCAAAAGGAUUUCAGUUCAUUUUUGAAGUGCCGUUCAGAAGAAUUGGUCUCGGGAGGGCGUAUGGCUUUGACAUUCUUGGGAAGAACUAGUGAAGAUCAUUGUAUACAUGAAAGUAGCAACACUUUGGAGCUCGAGCUUCUUGCUCUUCCUCUAAAGCAAUUGGUCUUUGAGGGAUUCAUGGAAGAGGAGAAAGUCAAGUCAUUCAAUUUUCCACAAUAUGCAUCAUCCCCUACAGAGGUGAAACUGGAGGUUGAAAGAGAAGGGUCAUUCAGGAUUAAUCAUCUAGAACUCAUUGAAAUUGAUUGGAAAAAUGCUAGCAAAAAUGAAUCCGACCAGGAAGAAGAAGAAGAAGAUGAUGCAGUGAAAAACAAAGGAUGUAGCAUGGCAAAGUGCAUGAGAGCUGCUUAUGAACCAUUUCUUGUGGGUCACUUUGGUGAAGAGAUUAUGGACAAGUUGUUUAGCCGCUACAGGGAGAUUAUUACUGUUCGAAUGUUGAAAGAGAAGACAACGACUGCCCUUCUUAUUCUUUCCCUUACUAAGAAGGAAUGCGUAAAGGUUGAUGAAGGUGGGAGAUUGUGUCAAGCAAAUUCAGAAAAUUCUCAAGUUGAGGUUGUGGAGAGUAAAAAAGAAUUCACAAGUCAUGUUCUGGUGAAAAAGGAAGUUAAAGAAGAACUCAUGCACCAUAAUGAUGAAAUUAUUGUGAUUGAAGAUGCAGAUUCAAUUGAAGAUAAUAUUGUUCACCAGUUUCAAAAUUGUAUAAAUUUGGCAACAAAGUGUGAGAUGCAACAUGUUGAUUUUAUUGGGGUUGAGGGUUCUAAUUUCAAUACUAGCUCCUCAAUAUUGAAGAUUGUGAAAGAGUUUAAGAAAAAAAUUGAGACUUUGCAAUCUAUUAAGCUCUAUCUUAAUUCCCCUGUUCAUCAUACAGAGACGGAGGAAUCUGCAACACAUAGUGGAAGGAUAGGGAUUAAAGUGGACUUCACUGACGUUAUCAAGGCAUUAUCAGAUGCAGAUUAUAUGGAAUCCAGAAAAAUGACGCUAGUUUUGGGAAAACCCAAAAUAGAAAGAUUGACAAGCAAAAUGGAACGGAGGGAGUAUAAAGAAGGCUAUAUAGAUACAAGUGCAUAUCAAUACAAUCUAACAAAACAGAGAUUGAGGGAGAGGAGAGAAAAGAAUAACACAAAGCUAGCUGCCAUGGAAGUAGUUCCAAUGCUGCCCAUGAAUGGAGGAUCAGGAGACACAAGUUAUGCCAAGAAUUCAUUGCUUCAGAGAGAAGUGAUUAACAGGAUGAAGCCAGUGAUGGAGGAAGCCAUAACAAAUCUCUGCAACACCAUUCAUCCAACAACACUAGCCAUAGCUGAUUUUGGAUGUUCAUCUGGACCUAAUGCUCUAUACACAGUCUCUCAGAUCAUUCAAGUGGUUGAGAGAAUUUCGGGACAAGAAUCGCCAGAAUAUCAAGUGUUCUUGAAUGAUCUCCCUACCAAUGACUUCAACACCAUUUUCAAGUCCCUGCCUAGCUUUCAACAAGAGAUGAAGAAACUAAUGCGUGUUGGACCAUGCCUUGUUAAUGGAGUUCCUGGCUCUUUCUAUGGCAGGCUUUUUCCUAAAAAUAUUGUGCAUUUUGUCCAUUCUUCUUCUAGCAUCCACUGGCUCUCUCAGGUUCCAUAUGGGCUAGAGAAUAACAAAGGGAACAUAUGCGUGGCUAAUAGCAGUCCAGCAAGUGUGUACAAAGCUUACUACCAUCAGUUUCAAAAGGAUUUCAGUUCAUUUUUGAAGUGUCGUUCAGAGGAAUUGGUCGCCAGAGGGCGUAUGGCUUUGACAUUCUUGGGAAGAACUAGUGAAGAUCCUUGUAAACAUGAGAGUAGCUGCUUUUUUGAGCUCCUCGCUCUUGCUCUCAAUCAAUUGGUCUCUGAGGGAUUGAUAGAAGAGGAGAAAGUAAACUCAUUCAACUUUCCACAAUAUUCACCAUCCCCUACUGAGGUGAAAUUAGAGGUUGAAAAAGAAGGGUCGUUCAGGAUCAAUCGUCUAGAGCUCACUGAAAUUGAUUGGAAUAAUGCUAGUAAAACCGAAUCCGACCAGGAAGAAGAGGAUGAUGAUGAUGCAGUUAAAAACAGUGGAUAUAGCUUGGCAAAGUGCGUGAGAGGUGGUGUUGAACCAUUUCUUGUGGGUCACUUUGGUGAAGAGAUUAUGGACAAAUUGUUUAGCCAUUAUGCGGAGAUUGUUACUGUUCGCAUGUCUAAGGAGAAGACAGCGUUUGUCUUUCUUAUUCUUUCCCUUACUAAGAAGGAAUAGUUACUUUACUCGAUGGGUCCAUGUGUCUUUCAUUUUCUAGUGGUUGGCCCAUUUCACUAGCCCGUUUAUACUUUUAUCAA